AUUACGAUAUCCUGAGGUUUUGGGUAGGGGAAUUGCAUAGGUAGUAUCUGUUAUGUAAUAAUUUGCAGGCCUUGCUCAGCAUCACACCCUUUUUUACCCUUGCUCUUCCUCCUUGCGUGACCCAAACGCCGCCUGCUACUCUUCAAAACAAUCCACCGAGGUUGUUCCGUACGACAAGUCUCCACCACCAAUGGCCCUGCACGCCAUCUACCAGGCCAGAACCCGUCAUGCGUCAAAAGCAGCUCGUCCAUCCCGGCAUCUCGACCUCCAACACGCCGCGCUUUGUACGCCGUACACCUACGUUUUGGGCCCAGCCUGCCAGGAGCACAGUCAUCCACGGGGGAAGCUACCCAGACCGCAAGAGCUGGUCGCGCUUGGCACAGUCCAGGCGUCGGUGACAUAGCAGCUUAUAGCGUCAGAGGGUGUGUUGGGGAUGGGGGCUCACGCCAGGAGUUGUGUUGGAGCCUGAGAGGAAAAGGCGAAGCCGCUCGACAUUGGACAGCAUUCCCAGGUGCCUGUUGUCGAAGCGAUGGCAGUCUUUUGGCCGGAACGACAUCUUCACCAUUGGGUUGCUUUCGCAAUCAUGUUGUUGCCCCUGAUGCGUUGUGUCAGGUCUUGACUCCUGAAGAUCGCAGAAUCCCAGGCGGUGGUUUGCCGCUCUUGUUUGAUCAUAUAGGUCUGCGGACUUGUUGCUUUAUUUUUCUCGGGGGUCUAAAUUAACAUGCUUAGCUGUCAGAAGGGGACAAUUGGAUAAGUUGCCCGCUUCGUAAGGUAGUUAACCAGGACCUCCUCGACGCCUCUUUCCUCACCAGAUGGCUGCGUGUGUAAUCCUUUGGAUUGGACACCAGAAGCGCCAAUGUAACAAUUCUUAGGCUACUCCGGAAUAGACUGCCGGCCUGGUUUCGGCACAUCCUACCUGUCACACCGACUUAACUAGCCAGCUUCGAGACGUAGUGAGAUGUGAAAAAGGCUGGAAGCAUCUUGGGUCUACUAUCGGGAAAUGCUGGCACACAAUGACCAGCGCACAGAAAGCAGUACAAUCAGACUGUGCCGAGAUUUUGAACUGGGUUCUUGCCACCUUCAAUAAGGAGAUGCUGAGCGAGGUUCUCCCGAUGAACAACCUCAACUGCCACAACAAAGGCCAGCCGUCACUUGACUUCCCGGCGGCCAUUCGAGGGCUCAGACUUGUUUCCGAAAACCAGAGAGCGACUUACACAACUAGAUCAGACAAAAACGGCGAGUCUUGAGGCCAGUUCUUGCCACAACCAUGAUGGCCUCGCAGUCGGAUAUUUCAGAUAAGAUCUGCACCGUUGUUGGUAAACGGGGUAUGGGGCCACGGUUGACCGGUUAUGAAUAUCAUGGGCUUGCGCAAAAGGUGACUGAAGCUGUUAUUGAAGCUUGCGGCUAUUACUCAGGGCCUGUACCCAACAUAUUUCCUGCUCUUUGGUAGGGAAAGGAGCACAGUUUAGGCUUCGCGCAUCCCUG